ACGCUAAAAAUUUCCAGAGCGAACGACGUACGGCCGACGACGCCUGAAAGUGGGGCUUCGAGGCUGCCUCGAGCGUUUAAUGGCUAAAGAGCGAGAGAGAAGAACAGCGAGUCCAGCUCGGUCGCGGAACGAACGAGUCUGUCUGGCUCUAAGCGAGCUCAGUGUAUAUCGCGCCUGCAACCUACAUGUAUAGUUAUAUAUGCAGUACUGUCCGUAGCGUUAUGCCAAGUGUGUACAGUGUGUGCAGUCAGCGGAGCAGAGUCGGAGAGCAAAGUCGGAGCAGCGAUCCCGCGGACACAUAGAGUAUAUAGACGUCGUUGCGAGUCGAAUCGUCCACUGGCAGCAGUCCGCAGCGGACGCUGUAAUCUCGCUUUUUCACGCAGAGCAUAUAACCUAUAUGUAGCAGCAGCGACCGUUCAUUCUGCAUUGUUUAUCCAUCCUCUUGUCCGUGUCGUACGUGCGUGUGUGUGGGCAGCAAAGGCCGUUGCCUCGCUCGAGCCUGCGAUCAGUGGUAGUGAGUGUGGCCCCGCAGUGACAUGUGCAGCUGCUGUUUCCGCGAGACCGUCGAUGACUCCGAGUACGGACCAGUAGUCUGCGUGCUGUGAGUCGUAGAACGAGCCAAGCUACUGCAUCCGUAGCUACUCCUCGAGCUGGACUGCCGAGCUCCGAUUACCAUGUCGAGUGGGACGAGCUACUAUUUCACGGUGUGCGACUACUGCUACUCGUUGUACUGCGCCAAUUGUCGCGCAGUCAAAAGUUGAAACAACGCCAGGCGUUAUACGCUCGAGCCAUCAUCGAAAUGACGGCGGCGAAUCUAUUGCCAUUGCGAUACGUUUAUAAAGAGGCGGCGAUAGGCCAGUGCUUGCUCGGUAUUAGGAGCAGUAGCAUCAGCAGCCAUUGACUCUUUUCUUGGCUCGACUGCUUUGGACUGCUUGUCAGUUGUCGUUGCUGCGCCUCUGCCCUCUCUGUGUGCAAGUGUGCGAGUGUGAGUGCGUGUAUGUGCGACUCGGUAUCUCUUCUGUUUUGUUGUGAGGCAGUGAGUGCAGGAGCAGCAGCAGCAGCAGCAGCAGCCGUGGCUGCACAGUCAACAGUGCACUCUGCAGCGAGCGUGUUUGUACUGUUGUUUGUGCACACAAGAGAGGAUCAGGCAGCGACAUGAAGACUGCUGCUUCGCUGCCGAUAAGUCUUAUCGUGAGACAAUAAACGACUACGACGACGACGACGACGACGAGCAGCGAGUCGACGAUCAUUAUGUCGCAUUGUGAAAAGUGAAACAAGAAGGCAGAAGCCGAGCAAAAACGACGAGAGCAAUAAUAAUCAGUGCUGGGCGUAUGUGCGUGUCGCGGGUGAUAAUAAGGCCUCCCGAGCCUCGCGCCAAUACGCGUAUGUUUUUUAACCAGAGCCCCAUCCGGAUCGAGCAAUAGCGAAAAGCAUCUCGGUGGCCAGCAUCAUGGACUCCAUCAGAAAAUGGUUCUAUAGACCCAAGCGCGAAGAUCAAAGUCCGCUGGCCCAGUUCUUCUACGCGGACGAGGCGCUGAACGCGGUCGCCUGCGAGCUGGACUCGUUCGACGGCCGCCAGGAGCCGGAGCGAUGUUCGAGCCUGGUGAACCAGUUGCGCCACUGCCAGGACAAAGUACUUAACAUCUGCAACCACAUAAUGGACGAGCUGAUACCGGACGAGCGGGCGAAUCGGGACUUCCGCGUCAAGUUCCCUGACGACGUCAUGCAGGAGAACCUGGCCGGGCAGCUGUGGUUCGGCGCCGAGUGCCUGGCCGCCGGCUCGUCCAUCCUGAACCGCGAGACCGAGAGCUCGGCCAUGCGGCCACUGGCCAAGGCCCUCACCAAGAGCCUCGAGAACGUGCGCAAUCUGCUGCGCGACCAGGCGCUCCGGGGCCAGAUGAACCUCAAGGCGAGCAAUCCCCUCGACCCGAGCGUCGAGAAGCUCGUCGAGUCGCUCAAGAUCUUCGACCGGCUGUUCGCCGACUUCGAGCUCUGCUACGUCGGCGCCAUGGUGCCCGUCAAGACCACCAAGGAGUACGAGCAGCAGGAGCUCGUCUGCGUGCUCUUCUCCGAGACGCUGCAGCGGGCCCUCGAGCGGGGCCUCCUCAGCCAGGCCGACGUCGACAACUACGAGCCGGCGCUCAUGUUCACCAUACCGAGGCUGGCCAUCGUCGCGGGUCUGCUGGCACCGCCCGGCGGCCCCCUCUGCCUCAACUCGCCCGACAACAUCAGCGAGAUGUUCCGAUUGUUCAGGUCACUGCUCAUGAAGAUUAGAGAGCUGCUUUGGACGCUGAACAACCGUGAGCUGUACAUGCUGGAAAAGCUUCUGUGCUCGAUCGAGGAAACGUCGCCCACCAUGAGCCAAGCGGGUCGCUCGGCCUGCGACCAAGUCCCGGAUCUCGACGAAUUCGUUUGCAACUUCUACACCGGUUAUCCGAAUUGCAAACACUUCUUGGCCGACUUUUACACGGUCACGCGCAACAACGGCGCCAACAUGGACGAGAUCGCCAACGACGCGGUGCUCAUUCUCGAGAAGGAAAAGACGGAGCUGCCUCUGCUGGACUCGCCGGUGUCGGACGUGGCCCUGUCGACCCGCCAGAACUCCAGCGACUCGUCCGACGUCCAGUCUUACGACUCGUCCUUCGAGAUACCGAGAAAUCGCACCGCUCAGUACCUGCUGAAUCAAGUGCGAGUCGAUCGAGACACCAGAACUACACCGAGUCAAAGCGACCCCCACGCCGAGCAUCGCGCCUCCUCGUCGCCGGAUAUAGAUUCGCGAAAAUUGAUCGAGGAGGCCAACAAGAAUCUUUCGAAUUUGCUGCUCGAAGCUAACGAUUGCCAGAACGAAAAUUCCGAACAGACGGAUUCUGGCAUAUGCACCGUUAUUUCUUCCGAGAAUACCAGUUUGUACGACAAAAGUCCGGAAGACAAGAGAUCCUUCGACGAAGACUGCUGCAACGACAGCAGUGACCAUCCACAGCAGCUGCUCGACGAGGAGGAGGAAGAGAAUACGAGUUACUCUUGCUCGAAUCUCAAUUCACCACGGCGUCGCGACUCGAAUCAAUCCGAUACUUCUUGCGUAUGCAGAAGCAAAGUCAAAAAUAAUCCUCAAAAUUAUAUCCAGCUAUCCUUGGAUUCGGGUGAAAAAACGGCUAAUCACUCGGGAUUAUCGUCACAGAUGUCGGGCUCGAACGAAGAAAUAAUCGGAGUGGCUUACGGCAGUGGCCAGCUGCCAGUUUGCGAUGGCAAUCAGCAUCCAGCUCAGCAGCAGUUGCAGAUCGGUUACAGCGAAAAUUGGGACAGCCUCAACAUCAAUAUCGGUUCGAGCAAUCCCUCGGCGGCGUCGUCUUCUCGACGGGAAUUCUGGAGCGAGCUCAAAUGCGAAAACUGCCCGCAGCGAGCGACCCACAGGCCACGUAGCUCCAGGCGCAGCCAUCACCAGAGUCUCCAUCACAAGCAGUCGCAGGGAGAAAAAAAUUCAUCGAGACGCAACAAGGCUGCACCUGCGACAGCGAGCAGCAGGCACUUACAAGCAGAGGAGAGCGCCGGAACCUCGCGAAACAAUUCAACCGACAGAGCGAAUAAACAAGCGAGAUUGAUGAAUUUGGGCGCUUCUCUUCAUCCUAGUCAUAAUAGCAGGCAGAUGCCUCGUUUCGGUAGAAGUCCAAAUGCCAGCCCGCGAAUGCAGCACUUCGCGACCGAUCAAGAUCCAGAUCUUCAACAUCGUCUUCAGCAGCAACAUUAUCGCAACGGAAGAAAGCUUCUCGAGAACCGGCGACUCAGGCGCGAGAGAACGGCCUACAGGCAUUACAAGCGCAAUCGACAGGCGCAAGAAUCCGAGCGUGCACUCGAGCUCAUCAACGACGGCCUGGGACCACGUACGAACAAGAGCGGAACCGUCGAUCCGCCGAGGCACGGACCAAGAGCACAGCUCGCCGAUGCAUCCACGGCUACCUCCAGAGAAUGCUGCGACUCAAGCUCCGAAACGAGCGAGUUCCAGAGCGACUGCCAGGACGACGAAGAAAUAGCUUUAGCCAUGCAGGCCGCGGAGAUAGCCAAUCGCAACAAGAUCAGAGCAAAGUUCAGGUCUUCCGAAGAUCUAGUGCACAGAUUGUUCGUUUGCAUAGCUGGUGUGGCCGAUCAACUUCAAACGAACUUCGCCUCGGACUUGCGAAAUAUUCUCAAGUGUGUUUUCUUGAUGAAUAGCAGCCAAGCUGCUAACGAAGAAGAGGAGCAGGAGAAGACGGACAGCGAAUCGCCUAACACGCCGGUAACUGCUGACCCUCCGACUAAUUUCGAUAGUACCCCUACUACCGAGCGACAAGAUUCCGCCGAAGAAGACGAGUCAGAUGAGCCAGAGUCCAACGAAGAACCGAGUUCUCCGUUGACGGAACGAGGCGAAGAAUGCGUGGAACGAGCACCCGUGUGGGUGCCAGACAGUGUAGCGCCUCGUUGCAUGGCCUGCCAAGCAGGUUUUACCGUCGUCAGACGGCGUCAUCACUGUAGAAAUUGUGGAAAAGUCUUCUGCGGCCGUUGCAGCGGUAACAGCGUACCUUUGCCGCGCUUCGGACACACCAAGCCCGUACGCGUGUGCAAUCGAUGCUUUCUCUAUCAAGUCACACCCUUCACCGUCACUCAAAUGGCCUCGACCAGCUGAAGACCAACUCUUCAGGGCGACGAGCUAACCGGCGAAUAACUCAAUUUUUUUACGUAACCUCGUAAAGUUAUUACAUCUAGAAAACACGACGCAACAAACCAUUACUUGUGCAAUUAUUAUUUUCCGUAAGAAAGUUAACUAGGUGACAAUUGCUAUAUGCUUGUCGUUUGCAUAGACCCUCGUAUAUUCUUCAGCGAAAUUCGUAAACGCUAUUCGAUGUACAAAAUUAAAAUAGCGCGAUUGAUUUUCCACUUAUUUUAUUAUUAACAUAUUCCGAUAAUAUCAGCUUGAGUGAGCUCGGACGUUCAAUAAUGCGAGUCUUAUCUUGAGUAAACGUCGAGAAUAUUCUGACAUAUCGAAAAAAAACCUUCAUGUGUAGAAUAUAAAAAUUACGCGAGUGAAAGACAAACGGCACUGCUAUACAUUGAGCGUUAUUAAUGUUUUUUGUUUUAUUCUCGUAAUGUUAAAAUAUACCAAUGGUAAAAAUAACGUUAUCAUCUGUGUAAAUGAUGUAUAUAAGACGAAACAACAGAUUUAGCUAAGCAUAAAGUACAACUGCCUGCGCUGAAUAUUCCUUGGCAACUUUUUUUGUUGAUAUACCUAUCAUACUCUUAGAUAAAUGUUGUAUCUUGAAUAUAUUAGCUACUGCGUAUUAUGCUCACUUGAUGAAAGAAAACUCGCGUGCCAAAUUAAGCAGACAAUAAACGUUUCAACUAACUGAAUCUAAUUUUUCAUCAAAACUUUACGAUACAAUAACUAUGUGAACCAAGGAAUAUUCCCCUUAGUACUCGUGCAUUUUGGACUUGAAAGACUGUACUCAAACAUAUUGUAUCUAGAUUUUAAAAGUAUUAUAGAAUUAUGUCGUUUAUUGUUACGUAUAAUCGACAAACGGUCUCGGAAACGCACGAUUAUUAUAAACCCUUGUGAGAACGCUUUUUAAUAAAUUCACUUUUGUAAUUGACAAUCUUUUAAAUCUGCCGUGGAAAUUUUUAAAUAAUUACAGUACAUUCUUUACCACAUUCAAAAUGAUUUAGAAUAAUUUUUUCAGUUGUAUCAAUCAAUUGAAUAACUUUAUUUAUAAAUAUUCAAUCAUCCGAAAUCUUCAUUUACAUUCCGUCUACUCGCUACAAAUGAUUUUAUAUAAAUAUUUCAUAUUUAAUACUUAUACACUGACUGCAAAGCCUGCGAAUUUACUAUCAGUGGCCUAUGCUGUAAUGAUUAAUUUAAUUUGUGCUAAUUCUACGCUACAACACAAUUAUUUUUUUUCUUCGUUUUUUUUCUUUUUUACAAAAAUUACAAGCACACACAAUUAAUCUAAUAAUGCUUUUAUCGGUCUGGUUUAAGACUAUAUCUAAGAUAUUGACCAAUCCUAAUUGUAAGUUUUUGAAGUAUUAUCUCCGAGUGAAAAUUGUUUUUUAAAAACGUGUGUUGUAUUGGUUUUUAUAAUGGCACAUCUCUAGUUACAACUUUAAAAAACGCGCUACUAAGACGUUAAGAAUGGAUACUUUCAAAUAUUGUAAAUACUACCUAUACAGAUCAAAAUUCAUUUGCCUCUCACAUCUGUAAACAACAAAGUAACGGGAAAAUAUUUGAUCCAUUUUGCAUUUGCACUUAUAUUUUUGCAAAAUAUUUGUUGUAAUAUGAAUCGUUCAGUGGAUUCGUACUGCUAUUACUAAAAAAAUUUUAAAGAGCUUCAAAAAUACCAGAAUGGGAUUCAAAAUACAUUACACGUUGCCUUUGCUGUCUGUUAUUGAAAUAUUAUUUUGAUGAGACACUGUAUAUAAUACAGGUUACACGAUAAUCCAUGUAUAAACUGUCAUUUAAAUAUGAAUGACCAAAAAUUGUAAGAAGUAAAAAAUAUUACUGGAAAGCUCUAAUGUUUCACACUAUAUUGUAAUCUAAAUGUGUUAAAUAACACUCGAACGUAAUCAUAGCACACAUGCUCAUGCAUUAAUUUUAUGAUAGAACAGAAGAGUCACACUAUCAAAUGUGCGUUGGAAAAAUGAAAUACAGAGUGUGUACAAAAAUAAUCCGGACAUGUGUGCAUUGAGAAUUAACAAUUUUUUUAAUCGCAAAAAUAUGCAGGUGAACGAUAAUUAAUGUAAAUAAAAGUUUGUUAUUUGAAA